CCUACACAGGAAACUGCUGUUAGCAUAGCUCUGCUGUGCAACGACAAACUUACACUGUGAAUAUGUCGGGCAGCUGACAGCAGACAGAGGAGCAGCCUGACCCAUGAACUCAUUUUUGGGUGUGAACAACUUUGGGACACAAUGUCUCUUCUUUUGAUAUUCUGCCUUCUCAUUCUCCUGCUUGGAAUUGUGUUGCUAUGUGUCAUUUUCAGGUGGCUCAUAUGCACCCUGGCUGUGCGUUUUUUUCAGACCGCACUGAACGCUGAUUUAAAGAUCAAAUCAGUAGGGCUGUUUUCUGUCCAAGGAGUUAGUAUCCAGUUUCACCCACAGCAUACUCUGGAAAUCGACAAGAUAUGGAUUUCAAGUAAACUGCUUAACCAGGAUUUGCCGAGGUACCUAGCGUUGUGUGUCGGCGAAACCAGAGUGAGGUUUGACUUGCAAACACCACUCAAACCUUUGGUAAAGAAGAGACAUGGAAAAAAGCCAGGAAAGAUUUCAGUCAGCUCCACAACGCUGCGCUUUCUCUCACAAAUGCUGUCAUUCCACAUCAGCUCCAUCAAUGUGAUGGUACUGAACAUCGCACUGUCAGAGUCUCUAUGGCACAUGACCAUUUCAGGCAUAACCUUGUUACUAGACCACCAGAGUAAAAGGCUGGCGUGGGACUUCUCAGUCGGGCAGCUAAGCAGCAAAGUGCUUAAAAGCAGUCAAUUGGAUAUAUGCUUGGCUGAAGUAGCCCUGAGCCUGCUGCUGUCUGGAGAUGUGAGCUUACCGGACAUGAAGCCGGGUAGUCUGUCUUUGAACGUGAGGACACUCAUAGCAGAACUGCACGAGGGGCUAUUUCUCAGCCAACUCCUGCUGCCCACCUCCCCAAAAAAGAGCAUUCAGGAGGGAUCUGAAACUGAAAACGUUGACUUCAUUCAGACUGAGACGGUUGAGCGGUUUCAUCGGCUGAUUCCCCAAGAGGUCAAUGUGGAAUUUGAUAAUACAAAUGUAACCCUGUCCAUGCACAGCCAAAAAAGACACCUGAACUGGACCCUGAGGUCUUUAAAAGUCUGCUACGGACGUGACGAUGAGCAGCUGCCCUUAAAAAGCUUCACUCCUGAGCUGAGCUUUCCCCAGAGCAGCCUGGAGCUCAUUCUGGAGGAUGGCCUUCUCCUCUCGCAAAGUAGGCAAAGAAUCCUUUGUGUGAACACCCUGAAGACCACCGUGCAGGUUACAUCAAUUGACAUCUCAGGGUCAUUCACGGUCAACACUUGCAUCAUCCACUACCGUCACCAGGAGUUCUCCCAUUGGCUAAACCUAUUUCCAUGGGAACAGCUCAUUCACAGGAAGGCAGCACAUCGGAAAAGGCGCCUCCCUCACCUGGAUGCCCCCGUGAUGGUCACCUCCUCUGUGUCAAACAUUAAUGUGUCAGUUCAGUUGGGUGACACAACACCUUUUGCUCUUGGAUUCCUCUCUGCCUGUGCAGAACUGCAGCAUCUUCUUGACAUAAAAGUUGACCCAGAAAGUACAGAGUCCCAGAAUGUGCACCAGAGGGCCUCACUGUCGCUGGACAACUUCUGGUGGAGAGUGGGUCAGGGGUCUCAUAUCCAACAAGCACCCCACCCUCCUGGUAAACAUGUGUGGGGAGAAGCGCUUAUUUUAGACUCAGUCACUCUUCAGGGGAGUUACAACAGACCCCACCUGGAGUCGAGCAGCCAGUCUCCGAGUCUGAGCUUGGAGUCCAGUUUGAAAGGGCUCCAAGUGGAGCUUUCAGACACAUGUGCCCUGUGUCUGUCUCGUCUGCUGUCCCUCCUCUGUGUUCCUCGUGAAACACAGCUCCCAGAUGUAGCCUCAGUGUCUCCCCAUAGUGAAGAUACUGUCCAACCCAUCCCCUCCUCACAGCUGCCCAUGCUGUUUAAACUGGACUGUUCUCUGGAGGAUGUUAAUGUGUUCACUCUUUCCAACCUGGCAGGUGCCGUGUCUUUUCGGAUGGACGCUGUCAGAGUCGUCAGCUCUGCAGAGAGCUCCACAGUGUCUCUGUAUGGUGUCAGCUUAUCGACGAUCAAAACAGUCACAGAGAACAUGGAGUCAUGUUGCCCUGCCUCACAGACCCCACAUCCUGUGCUCAAACUCACCGCCGUUGCCUUUUGUUACCACAUCACCACACACACCUUACAGAUUCAAUGUGAAGAGGAGCUCACUGUCGAAUGGACGCCUCCAGACCACAUGGUGUUAUAUCAGCACAUGACUGAAGUGAAGGAGUGUUGGAGAAUGCUUUGUGGAGAGAGAGGAGUGGAGAGUCUGAAUACACCUACAGAGACGGAAAGCAUUCCAGGCCACGUUAGAGGUCUGUGUGUGCGGGUUGAACUAGGCUGCACUCGUCUGACAGCCCAUGUCAGCGUGCAGAACUACAUUACCCUGCACACAGAAGCCGUAUCAGUCUCCAAGCAUGCUGCCUCCAUGCACAUACGCUCUCCUUCCGUGAUCUUCAACUUUGAUGGCUACAACAUUGUCUCCUUUAAUGAUCUGGAUGUUGAAACACACGCAGAGCUGACUGAGAUGCAGCUGCACAGAGACACCUUCCCCUUCCUCACCACUCCUCACAACAGAGUCUGGGUCCUCACUUGUCCCUCUCUCGCUGUUGAGUUCCCCUACCAGUACAACUUCUCAAACACCUUUGACAUGGCAAUUAGCGUGCAGAAGUGGCUGAAGACUCUGCAUCGCUCCCAGAGCCAGGACACUGAGGACCAACAGCUGCCGCCUGACCUCGUGUUUAAAAUCAGCCAGUUCUCAUUUGUCUUCCUGGAUGACAUCUUUGAAAUCAAGCUGCGUGACAACUACGAGCUGAUGAAGGAUGAGAGUAAGGAAAGUGCAAAGCGUCUUCAGCUCCUGGAUAAGAAGGUAGCAGAACUGCGUAAGCAGCAUGGAGAGCUCUUGCCGGCCAGAAAGAUUGAAGAGCUCUAUAGUUCACUGGAGAAAAAGCACAUCGAGAUCUACAUUCAACGCUCUCGCCGCCUCUACGCCAACACACCUAUGAGGAAGUCUCUGCUGACCUGGACUGUGUCGGACCUCGAGCUAGUGGCCCUGGCUGAUCAGUCUCUUCAUGGACCAGAGAGGGUGAGAGAGCAGCUGAGGGAUAUUGACUCAAUCAGUCCUUUCCCCAGAGAUGGACUCCCUCUGGUGGUCCAGUGGUGCCGUGCUAUCAAGUUUAAACUGGCUGCUUAUUUGGUGAGAAUUCGGGAUUACCCUCGCUACCUGUUUGAGAUCCGAGACUGGGAGCUGUCAGGGCGUCUUAUUGGGACGGAGCAGGAUGGACAGGCCAGGGCUCAUCGCAAAGAAAUCGUCCCACUGGGUGCACCGUGGGGAGAUGUGACAGUCCACAGGAAUAUGCCCCCACUGAAGUUCUAUUAUGAUUUCAAAUCUAACAUAUCUCUGUACACUAUUGUGUGGGGGCCAUGUUGGGACCCUGCCUGGACUCUGAUCGGCCAGUCUGUUGAUCUGCUGACCAAACCCACUGUCGAUCCCUCACCUCCUCUGGCCUGGUGGGACAAAAGUCGCCUCGUUAUGCAUGGGCGGUGGAUGAUGAACAUCGAUCAGGCCAAUCUUCAUCAGCUGGCUACAGAGGACCCUUACAACACGACAGAAAACAUGCACUGGGAGUGGAGUAAGCUGAACUACGACUGGAACCAGGGACAGUUUGUUUUUAAAGGAGAUUUGGACGUUAAUGUCAGGACAGCAUCAAAGUACGAUGAUAUCUGUUUUCUACACCUGCCUAACCUGUGCAUGACCCUUGACCUUCAAUGGCUUUGCCAUGGCAACCCUGAUGAUCACCAUGCUGUGAUGCUCUGCUGUGCUGAGAACGUUGCAGAUGUGACCUCAGGACAGCCUCAUGAUUCGUACAGAGCGUUUCGCUCUGAGAACCUCAACCUCUCCAUCACCAUGGACCUUAACCAGCACUGUGGCUCAGAAGCCUCCCAGCCUCGAAUCCUGCUGUACAGCAGCACUCUGCGCUGGAUGCAGAACUUUUGGGCCACUUGGACAGGUGUAUCUCGACCAAUCUGCCGAGGCAAGCUGUUCCACAGCCUCAGACCUUUGCGCAAGAAGCUGGGUCAGCACUACAAACAGAUGUCCUACACAGCUGCCUUCCCACAACUACAAGUGCAUUAUUGGGCCUCAUUCGCCCAGCAGAGAGGUGUCCAGGUGGAGUGCAAUAAAGGCCAUGUCUUCACACGAGGGGCUCAGAGACUUAUUCCACAGGCUGGCACUGUGAUGAGGAGGCUGAUCUCUGAAUGGAACGUGACUCAGAUGGUUAGCGAGCUCUCUCAGGUGACAGUUCACCUGAUGGCGUCCACCUGGGAUGAGACGGCUGACCACCAGAUCAACGCUCAGGUGAAGAAGACUCACCUUCUCAGCUUGUCCUCCCUGAGCUACCAGCGACAGAGCAACCGAAUGGAGGAGGAGGUGAACCAGAAGGAUGAGACUAACAACUCUUACGCUCACAAACUGCGCUUGGUGGACCUGCGCGCUUCUUGGACCACCACAAACAGGAACAUAGCUUUCGGGCUGUACGAUGGUUAUAAGAAAGCGUCCGUACUGAAGAGAAAUCUCUCCACUGAAGCCCUGAAGGGUCUGAGGAUCGACACACAGCUCCAGACGAAGAAGCUCAAACGCACUCCUUCCAACUUCUCUCCCUCCACAGCUCCAACCACCCCAGUCGUGCCCACUAUCAGUAGAGCAGAAAAAAGUCAGCAUGAAGGAACAUCGAUGCUGCAGAAACUGAUUGAGGAAACAGACAAGUUUGUAGUGUUUUCAGAGGAGGAUUCGGGUGUCAGCGAUCAGCUAUGUGGUAUUGCAGCCUGCCAGACAGAUGAUGUCUACAACCGCAACUGGUUUAUUGAGUUGGUCAACUGUCAGAUGAUGUUGCGCGGCACAGAGACGGCAGGCUGUGUGUUGGUGUCUGCAGCAAAGGCUCAACUCCUUCAGUGUGAGCACCACCCAGCCUGGUACAAUGACACCCUGAAGCAGAAAACCACCUGGACUUGUCUGCUAGAUGGCAUGCAGUACUUUGCCACCAUGGAGCUCAACCCAUCUGAGCAAGAGGACAGACAGCUGUGGCUGGAGGUGAAAAACAUUGAGGAGCACAGGCAGCGUAACCUGGACUCAGUGCUGGAGCUGAUGGAGAGUGGCCAGGCUGUGGGAGGGAUGGUCAGCACCACUACAGACUGGAACCAGCCCGCCCAGGUGAAUGAAGCUCAGCAGGUUCAGCGUAUCAUCUCACGGUGUAGCUGCCGGAUGCACUACAUCAGUUACAGUCACGACAUCAACCCAGAGCUGGCCACACAGAUCAAACCUCCAGAACUGAGGAAUAACCACGAGAAAGAAGAUCUGCUGAAAAAACAGGCCGGGGCUGUGGACACCUUCACUCUCAUCCACCAUGAUCUUGAGAUCUCCACUAACCCAGUUCAGUACGCUAUGAUCCUAGACAUUGUUAACAACCUGCUGUUACAUGUGGAGCCCAGACGCAAGGAGCACAGUGAGAAAAAGCAGCGAGUGCGUUUCCAGCUGGAAAUUUCAAGUAACCCUGAGGAGCAGCGCAGCAGCAUCUUGCACCUCCAGGAGGCUGUCAGGCAGCACCUUGCACAGAUUAGACGCCUGGAGAAACAGAUUUACUCCAACAUCAGAGCACUUGCAGAAGAACUGAGCGGAGAUGAGCUGAUGGAUAUCAACACAAGACUCCAGAACCAGCUGAACCAGGAGAAGAACGACAUGCAGAUGAAGAGUGAAGAGCUCAACAUUCUCAUCAGGUGUUUCAAGGACUUUCAGCUGCAACGGGCAAACAAACUGGAGCUGCGUAAGCCCCCAGAGGAUGUGAGUGUAGUGAGGAGAACUGAGAUCUACUUUGCCCAGGCGCGCUGGUGUUUGACCGAAGAAGACGGCCAGCUCGGGAUUGCUGAGUUGGAGCUGCAAAGAUUCAUGUACAGUAAGCUGAACAAAUCUGAUGACACAGCAGAGCAUCUUUUGGAGUUAGGCUGGUUCACGAUGAACAACCUGCUGCCCAAUGCAGCGUACAAGGUUGUUAUUCGCCCUCAAAGCCCCUGCCAGUCAGGACGUCAGUUUGCUUUGCGUAUCUUCAGUAAAGUGCGCCCCCCUGUGGGAGGAAUCUCUGUGAAGGAACACUUUGAGGUGAACGUGGUGCCUCUCACCAUCCAGCUGAUGUACCAGUUCUUCAAAAGGAUGAUGGGAUUUUUCUUCCCUGGAAGAAAUGUUGAGGAGGAGGAGGUGACAGAUGAGGAAGACAAGUUCAGACUGGUUACCACAGGUAUCCCUGUCAAGACUCGGCAGUUGUCAGAGGACACCAUGGGUGCUAUGGGCCCCAGCAAAGGUGUCACCCAGGGGCUGAACCGUACUGCUGGGGUCAGGAGGUCGUUUAGGAAAGCUCCAGAGCAUCCUGUUGAUGACAUUGAUAAGAUGAAGGAGCGAGCUGCCAUGAAUAACUCCUUCAUCUACAUCAAGAUUCCACAAGUGCCCCUUUGUGUCAGCUAUAAGGGAGAGAAGAGUAGUGUGGACUGGAAGGACCUGAACCUGGUUCUGCCGUGUUUGGAGUACCACAACAACACCUGGACCUGGCUUGACUUUGCCAUGGCUGUGAAGAGGGAUAGCCGGAAAGCACUUGUAGCACAGAUGAUAAAAGAGAAGCUGCGUCUGAAGCCGGCCUCGGGCUCCGACCUGCGGGGGAAGACGCCUGAGGGGAAGUCGGACAACAGCCUGCAGCAAGCGGAGGAAGAUGAGAAGGCGCGACUCCUCAUCGGCCUGAGCACCGCAGACAAGAGCUCGAGCAAGAAAAGCAUCUUCAGCAGACGCAAGUGAAACAAGAAAAGCUCCCAUUCACAUUGUAAGAAGUUGACUAGAUGAUCGGCUGCUGCAGCUCCAACACUCUCAGUACAUGGAUCAGGGAACAAGCAGGCGGCCACCCAAAGUCAGCAUAUCUUUGUGGUUUGUGAAUCUCAAGGAAAAAGAGAGAUUGUUGAGCGUUUAUUCUCCUUUGGUUGCAUAUAUUACUGUAUCAUAAGAGCCUGCUGAAUUCAGAAAAUAUUUGAGUUUUUGUUUUUGAAAACAACACUCCUGAGGUGUGUCAGUCCCUCAAACAGCUUCAGGAUUACCAGGGUGCCAUUUUGACCAAAUAGAAAUAUAUAUAUAUAUAUAUAUAAAGAUUUUGUUUCCCAGAGCUAUUAAAAAAAUCUCACUCUGCUACUUUCAAAGUAAUGAACUCUUGCGUUAAAUGGAAUGAAGCGAGGAAGAUGAAGCUAGCACUUCUACACAUGAACAAGCAGACAGCACCUUUUCCUGCUGGCUCAGGAACACUGCAUGUCUAUCCUGUAGAACUGUACCACACAUAGGACUUCAUUUAAGCACCUUCAAUACAUUGAAUGGCCAUUGAUAGAUAAAUAAGAUAUGUUUUUAUCAGUUUAAGCUCGGAUAAAUUAUAUAUGGCUGUAUGACUGUCUAUCUGACAUGAAGGCCUUUUCCCCCACAGUAAAUGCUAUUUUAGAUUUGACCUGAAAAUGAUUGUGUGUCGCUCAGCGCGCUGUUUGACUGUACCUCACCCCAGUGCAAUAUAUCAAGAACAAAGCAGCAGAAACAUGUUGAUGUGUAGUAUUAUGUGGCACUCGGUUUGAUGGCAUUGUGGCAAAAGGAAAAAAAAAAUGCAGCUAAUCGCAGAGUGUAUGUUUUGUAAUUUUAAUACUAAAGCACUUUUUUUAUGCAAAGUAUUUUGAUAUUUUUGUAACCACAGUUGUUCGCUGUCAAUUCCUUGCAUUGAUGUGCUGCUAAAGCCUUUUAUUUCAGUCACAAUUUCUAUUAAGAAGAAAAUGCCCUAAAGUUAAACGGAUCAUAUCUCAAAGUGAAUACGUGUUCACAUUUCUAUCAGCUUCAUGUCUUUAUUGUUUAUCUGUCAAUAAAAAAAAAAGUCUAAGUCC